AUGUCGCAAAAAAAAGGCGAAAGAGAAUCCAGGACCUGUGGUCUUAUCCGAGAGGCAAAACAAGUGUUAUGCAGUCCUGAUGUAUUGUAUGAAAUAUUCUCUUAUCUUGUAUUUUCUGAUGUGGUUCAUCGAAUUAUUUUGGUGAAUAAGACUUGGAAAAGCAUUGUUGCCAAUUUAAACAAACUCUGGGAAGACUAUAUUCUUUUCCAAUGGCCGGAUGCGAAACUCACAAUGGAUAUGCGACGAACGUCCUCACUUGAAACCUUUAAAAACUAUUAUACAAACAAUUGUUAUGAGUGUUUCAAGACGCUCAAAAAAGCGUCAAGCUUCUCUACGCUUCGUUCUAGAACUGGAUGUGUAAUCAAAGUAUGCGAUGACUGUGCAUUCUCAGGUCCCUAUAGUGAAAGAAAAUUGUAUACAAAAACACGAAUGUAUGAAUUGCUCAAGUUGAAUGACAAAGAUAUUGCAAACCUCCCCUACAAAGAAGGAUACAGUAACGCAUAUAGAAAAACAACAACUAAUCUCUGUCUCAAAAACUGCUAUCACAAAGCAUUGUCGAAGUACUUUACCAAAGGAGGUAUAGAAGCCAAUAACGAGCGUUUAAAGGCAAUUGCAGAAAAGAGAAGACAGAAUCUUGAAAAUGCUAAAAAGGAGAGAAAAGCAGAACUCAUAAAAGCACUUGAGGAGGAAGGACUUGAAUUGAGAGCAGAUAGCAGAUUAUGCGAAGCAUAUAUUAACGGAACCUGUCACCAAAGCUUGGAACAAGUGGUUGACACUAUGAAGGAGAUGAGAUUUUACCAUGAAACAAUCUCGAGUUAUGUUCAAAGUGAAUUUGAAGCAAUGAACAAUUGGUUCGACAACGAAGACAUGGACGAUCGCUGGUUGAGAAGAGAAAUGCGAUCAGUCAAUAGAGCAGAAAUUGCUUAUCCAGCCGCAUUGAAAAGUUGGGUCCAUGACAUGAAAGGAAAAGGUGAAACACUGGAAACACUACUCGAAACUGCUCCAUCCACUCUUCACGCUGACAUUGAGAAGGCCUACUCCAAGAAGUGA